UUGACAAACAAAACCGCCCAUGUUGCCAUGCCGAUGAGAUAUUUUUUGAACUCGUUUAUCUUGUUUUUCUAGAUAAUUUCAGGCUGGAAGAAGCCGCUGCGUCCGUUUACACAAAUGAUUUAGUAAAAUACAUCUAAUGAAAUUAGUUUUUUAUACAAAGUAGUCUCUGUACUAAAAGCAUUAUUGUGUUUUAAUAUUUCUAUUCUUAAGUUGUUCUUCCAAUACGGUAAAAAAAUCGGAGUUCAAUAGUUCAAAAUGUUUAAAGUAGGAUUUAACCUAACCAGAAACGCUUCAUUAUCAAUAAAACGGAUGAUGUCGUCUCAAGAACCUGAUGUCAUAUUUGAAACUCUGAAUAAUGCUGGAGUGGUGGUUUUAAACCGGCCUAAAGCAUUAAAUUCUUUAAACACAUCCAUGGUGUCAAAAUUGCUACCACAAUUACAAGAAUGGGAGAAGAACAAAACAUUGGUCAUUAUAAAGGGUGCAGGAGAUAAAGCAUUUUGUGCUGGAGGGGAUGUAAAGGUAGCUAUAGAUAAAGUUGAAGGGCCUAAAUUCUUUUACACAGAAUAUAAUGUAAACUACCUAAUAGGCAAAUACAAGAUCCCAUAUGUAGCAGUAAUCAAUGGGAUUACUAUGGGAGGUGGAAUGGGUCUGUCAGUCCAUGGAAGGUACCGAGUAGCUACUGAGAAGACAAUGAUAGCAAUGCCCGAGACUAAGAUUGGUUUGUUCCCAGAUGUUGGAGGUUCUUACUUCCUUCCUAGAUUGCAAGUCAACAUCGGAUUAUAUCUUGGUUUAACAGGUGACAGAUUGAAAGGCAAAGAUGUAGUUAAAGCCGGUAUAGCAACUCACUUUGUUUCAAGUAAACGCCUGUAUGAAUUAGAGCAACUUCUGUCUCGUUGUCAGAACGAGAAUGAGGUUAAUUCUCUGCUGAAUAAAUUCAAUGAACCUGCUGAAGAGAUAUCACUGGCAGCCAACAUCAAACAUAUCAACUACUGCUUUGCAGCAUCAACUAUUGAAGAAAUCAUUGAAAGACUGGAGAAAGUUAAUAAUGAUUGGUCUCAGAAAACACUUCAGACUUUAAGUCAGAUGUGCCCUGGAUCUCUGAAGAUUACACUGCGAGCACUACAGCGAGGAGCACAGUUGGACCUGGGCCAGUGUCUUCAGAUGGAAUACCGUGUGGCAUGCCGGUCUACUGAAAAUCAUGACUUCCCUGAAGGUGUACGUGCCCUACUGAUAGACAAAGACAAUAACCCCAAGUGGAAUCCUAAGACCCUGGCAGAGGUGACCGACGACUAUGUGGAGAGUUUCUUCAAGAAGCUUCCUGCAGAUAAGGAACUCAAAUUCUUUGAUUCCAAGCUCUAAAUAAGUGAAACAUAAAUCAUUUUAAAGCAGGGUUUGUUAUGAAUUUUUAGUAUAAAACAAAUUUUGCAAAUUGUUUACUGCAUUUUAACAUCAUUCCAUGUGUUUAAUUUGGUAAGAAAUAGCUGCUACUAAGUUUUUUAUAGUUCAAACAAAACAGGUGCCUUUUUAGAUGUUUUUAGAAUAGAUAACUGUCUUCCCAGUGUCAAUGAAGAAGAAAAUAAUCACAACUUUAAAUUUUGUUUCCUUAUAGAUAGACUUACAUUAUUUUAAGUGUUUUUAUAUUAUAAUGUUAAUAUUACCUAAGCUAUAAACUACAUUAAUCUUUUUUUACUUCAGUUAAGUACCUACUUUUCCAUAAAUCUUAAUAAGAAUGUUCAUGCAGACUCAUAACUAUUGGUUAAUAAUUGGCUGUGUAAAUCAAGUGUCACUAUCCUAGUUAAGACUUAAUUUUUCAUGAAAUUUGUUUUUUUAUAUAGCUUUUGAAAAAGGUGUGCAUGAAAAAAAGUGUAAUUAUAUUGCAUGUUGAGAAUGGUAAAGUUUAUUUUAAUGUAAACCACAUAUAUGUAAAAUUAGAUACAUUUAUAAAAAUAUACAAGUUUCUAUUUAUUUGCAGUUCUUGUGAUCUUCAUCCUAUGUCGUGCCAUGUAUGUUGUAUAUUUUACACUACGACAAUAAAAUCUUAAAAUUU